UUGGAAAUGGCGGAGCUCAAAGAGGAGGCCGCUGCUCAGCUUCACCAGGAGACCGUCGAUAUCAAACGUGAGGAGGAGGAUGAAGUUCGGCCCUCAGCUGACCAGCCGACUGACGGCGACUCCAAACCUUCGACUACAACGGAGAGACACAUCUCCAUCCAGACCAAACUGGAGGGCCUCGAGGUUCUGGUGGACCUGAACGGCGCGGGGCGGAAGUCGUGCCCUCUUUGUUCCGAGGAGAAGUUCAAAGCCUGCUACAGCCACAAGCUGCGCCGACACCUGCAGAACCUCCACUGGAAGGUGUACGUGGAGUUCGAAGGCCAGAGGAUGUGCAUCUGCCACCUGCCCUGCAGGAACCUGAAGCCCAGCCUCAGCGGGGACCAGGCCUCGGGGAGGCACAUGGCUCACUACCACUGCGUGGUGUGCUCUGCCACCAUCGCUCGGAAGACCGACAUGGUCAGCCACCUCAAACGCCACGUCAACAAAGGAGAGACGGAGGCCAGCUACUCGGGCAGCUCCGACACCCCAUUCCAAGAGCCGGCUCCGUACGGGCAGGCCUACGAGAUCAUGAAGGAGCUCGGCACCAACGUGCAGCUCCUCCCGAACCACACCACCCCCCAGAAGAGCGACACCUACUUCAACCGGAAGAUGAAGACCAACAGGUCGGAAGUGCCUUCGCAGCUGGUGUUUUGCUCCUUGGCCGUUCUGGCCGAGGAGAGGAGCCCCAUCGAGUGUCUGGAUGCUUUCGGAGCCACAGGUGAGUUUUGCGUCCUGACUCAUAUCCGGUCUGAUGCGGGCAUCUUGUCUGCCCACCUCCCGUCCCCUCCCCUCCCAUACACACACACACACACACACUCAGGCAUCAUGGGCCUCCAGUGGGCCAAACACCUCCGCGGUGCCGUCAAAGUCACCAUCACGGACAUCAGCGACACCUGCGUCAAGAUGAUCAGAGAGAACUGCGAGCUGAACCACAUCCGGGCCGAAGGCGGCCCGCGAGGCCCCCGGGGGCCCGAGGCCGAGGCUCCGCCCAUCGCCAGCGUGGAGGUCGCCAAGAUGGACGCCAACGUCAUCAUGCACCUGCGACCGUUUGACUACAUACACCUGGACCCCUUCGGCACCGCCGUCAACUACCUGGACGCCGCCUUCAGGAACGUGCGGAACCUGGGCAUCAUCUCGGUGACGUCCACGGACACGGGCUCCCUGUACGCCAAGUCGCCCAACGUCACCCUGCGCCACUACGGCUGCCACAUGGUGCGCACCGAGUACUACAGGGAGCUGGCUGCCCGCAUGGUGGUGGCCACGGUGGCCCGGGCGGCGGCUCGCUGCAACAAAGGCAUCGAGGUCCUGCUGGCCGUGGCGCUGGAGCACUUUGUGCUGGUGGUGGUCAGAGUCCUGCGAGGUCCCACGCAGGCCGACGAGUCGGUCAAGCAGCUGCGCAGGCUGGUCCACUGCCAGUGGUCCGGUUCUCUGUUCAACACGGGCUUCCUGAGGAGGAUGCUGUCUGCAGCCGUGCAGCACAGCAUGGACGACGUCCAGCCGCUGGUCAAGACCCUCAUCUGCGAGUCGGAGUGCACCACCCUGAAGUCGCUGGUCCACGGGUCGUCCGCCCUCACCAACCAGGUGGAGUGCGGCGUGGUCAUCAAGACGCUGCAGGACGAGGGGGCAGUUCCGGCCGAGCACUCAGGAAAGAGGAAGAGCGGGGAGGAGCCAGGAAACAUUGUGAAGAAGUUGAAGCCCGAUGCGUCGCUAGAGCAUCCGCCUUUCUACUACAGCAUCCACCGCCACAGCAUCCGAGGCAUGAACAUGCCCAAGUUGAACAAGUUUCUUCAGUACCUGAUGGAUGCCGGGUUCAGGGUGAGCCGGACUCACUUCGACCCCACCGGGGUCCGAACAGACGCCACGCUGCUGCAGUUUGAGUCCGUCCUCACAAAGUACAGCGUCCCUACCUUCACCACCGCCCCUCAGAGCAGCGUGAGCGCCGAGAAAGCAAACUGA